GCUGCCGGAGAAGCAAGCUGGCUGCUCAAUUGGCGGCAAUGUCACCGGUAGAGCGCUUGCCUUUCCAGGCAGUCCCGCCAUACGCGGGGUCACGUGUGUCAAUGAUCGCGGCGAAGACGCGUAGCGCGCGCACGGCGUCGUGGUGCGCAUCCAUCCGUACGCCUGACGAGAACUCAUGUCCUUCUUCCCCAGGUUCCUCAUCCCGCCGCCGGUCGACCUCGCGUCUCACUAUGAUGGCGUCGAGUACAGGUGGAAGUUCCUCACCUUUCGGCCCGCCUACUUUCAGCAGGAGCCGUUCUUUGUUGCAGUGGUGCUCGUGUUUGUAGCGUUCUACUUCUGGGGAAAGAAGGCAAACGAGACGAGAGUGAACAAGUGGUACGAGGCGCACUUGCCUCUCCUCGAGGCCCAAUUCUCCAAGCCCACGCAGCAGGGUCUCAUUCGCGACGGCAACUCCGAUUGGUUUAACUACUCCACCGGCCGGCGCGCGAUCGUGUCUCUGCACACAACCUUCACCAUGCGCCCGCGGCACGACCUCCUGCAGUACGCCUACCAGAUCGGCAAAGGCCUCGUCGAGCUGGACUAUCAGGUAUAUGACGCAGUCGAGCUCGACUUUACGUUCCGCGACGCAGACGGCGCUGUGCCCGAGUGCGUAUGGGCAAUCGUAGCGAAGGACGAUAUGAAGAGUAUCAGGGCGAAGCGGUGGGACUUGACGAUCACCAAGACGACGGACCAGCCCAGUCUCCCAUCUUCGCUCACGGUCAUGUCUGAACUUGCGGACAUCACCUCAAACCUGCUCAAGCCCAUCGGUACCUUCAACCUUCCUGGUGUCUUCUCCAACCCAGCCAUUCUCCCCUACUUCCGCUCGCUCUCGCUCACCGACCAGCCGCGUACACGGCCAUCGGUGCCCCUCCCGCCCUCACAGCGCACGAAGCACCUCAUCCUCUCGCUCGCACUCCCCCAAUCCACCAAUGCCGGCGCCACACUCCCCCUAGUCACCGCCGCGUUCCAGCUUGUAGACGCAAUUGCGGGAACAGGCAGGGGCGCCAACACGCUGCGCGGCGGGCUGAGCGCGCAGCUGCGCCCUGAGACACGGGUGAAGCUGAAGAAGGUAAGAGAGGAGCUAGACAAGGACAUCAGGGAGGACGCGGUAAAGGAAAAGAAGGAGGAGAAGGCAGAGGAGAAGGCUGCGGCGAGGAAGAAGGCUGCGGAGGAGAAGUUGUCGCGAUUGAGCGCGGCGGAGCAGACAAAGGCGCUGGAUCGCGAAAAGAAGCGGGCGUUGCGCAAGACACAGGGUAGAAUCAAGAUGCGGUAGCCCCGUUGCGCGCACGUCUAUACCCAUUUCAGCAACCAAAAAACCCUGCGCGUUGUAUAUCGCAGCUGAAAUAUUAGUCGGACGUCC